AUGGGGUGGAGCCGGCUGCCAAGGCGGCAAAGCUUCCCAGGCCGAGUGCACCGUACAUGGCCCGAGUGGAGGCUGAGACGGUACUCCAUGCUGAGCCCAGUGAGGACUCUCCUGACCAUCCUGGCCGUGGGAUCUCUGGCGGACCGCAUCGCUGAGGACACUUCGAAUCUCCUUCAGUAUGUGAAAUUCCAGUCCAGUAACUUUGAAAACAUCCUGACCUGGGACAGUGGGCCUGAGAGCACCCAAGACACGAUCUACAGCGUGAAGUAUAAGAAGUACGGAGAGAGCACAUGGCUGGAGAAAAAGGACUGUCAGCAGAUCACCCAGAAAUCCUGCAACCUGACCACAGAACUAGAACGCUUCAAUGAGCCCUACUAUGCCCAGGUGACAGCCAAGACCCCAGGGGGCAAGUCUGCAUCCAGGAUAAGCCACCGGUUCAGCCUUCCACAGGACACUACUAUCAAACCACCUGAUGUGACCUGUAUCCCCAAAGUGAGAUCUAUCCAGAUGAUCAUCCAUCCCACCCUCAUACCCAGAUAUGCAAAUAGCCAGCAACUAACCCUGAAGGACAUCUUUGAUGACCUGUUGUACCACUUAGAACUCCAGGUCAAUCACAGCUACAAAAUACACCUUGAAGGGACACAGAGAGAAUACGAGUUCCCUGGUCUGAGCCCUGACACGGAAUUCCUCGGGAACAUCAUGAUUUCAGUUCCAAGAUGGUCCAAGGAGAGUGCCCCCUACGUGUGCCGAGUGAGGACACUCCCCGAUCUAACCUGGACCUACUCCUUCUCGGGCACCAUCCUAUUUGCCAUGGGAUUCCUCGUGGCUGCCGUAUGCUACCUGAGCUACAGAUACAUCACGAAGCCGCCUCAGCCACCGGACUCCUUGAAUGUCCAGCGAGUCCUGACUUUCCAGCCACUGCAGUUCAUCCAGGAGCAUGUCCUCAUCCCCUCCCUGGACCUCAGAAGCUCCAGCAGACGAGCCCAGAACGUCCACUACUCGAGGGUGAAGGUAGCUGGGCCCAGGGAACCCCUGGAGAUCCCACGCUUACAUGACUCACCUGAGAUCGCCUACAUGGGGCAGUCAGACAUCUCCAUCCUCCAGCCCCGCAAUGUGCCACCUCAGCAGACGUGCCCCCCACCUUCUUAUGCCCCACAGAUCAUCCCCAAGACCAGGCCUGCAUCCUACGCCCCUCAGGCCACCCCUAAAGCUGAACCUCCAAGCUACUCUCCACAGACGAUCUCCAAGAUCCCACCUCCUUCCUAUGCCCCUCAAUCCACUCAGGACAGCUGGCUUCCAUCCUAUGGGGUGUUCAUGGAAAGUUCUGAAAAGGACUCCCCAUCUGUGUCGCUCUCUAGUCCUAAGCACCUCAGGAUUAAAAGUCAACUCCAGAAAGAGGUUCUAGCCAGAAGCCAUAUCCUAGAUGGCCUUUCUCUACAGCCUUUGACCUCCUUGACUAUGGAAGAACCCCAAGAAGCAAAAUCCCAUAACCAGUAUCUGGGGUUUCCCACGGACACAGAGUCUGAUCUGAAUGAAGAGACAGAACUAUCAGGUUACCUAAAAGGCCAGCUGCCCCUGCUGUCCUCUGUCCAGAUUGAGGGCCACCCUGUGUCCCUCCGUUUGCAUACCCCUUCCCCCCCAUGUUCCCCCUCAGCCGAGGAUCUGAAUCACUGUAGCCUGCUGGAGUCCCUUGUGUGUGCCAAGGAUGAGGGGCCAAUAUCCAAGACAGAGACAGAGGACACAGGAGCUCGGACUCCAAGCAUGGAACAGCAAGUUGAGGUGAACUCACUCUUCAGAGUCAUGGCUCUGACGGUGCAGUGGGAGGCCUGA